AUGUCCAAGCCAAAAUUCCUCAUCGUCCUAAGCUCCCAGGGCAUGAUCCCAUCCAACCGCGCAACAACCGGCUGGUACCUGUCCGAACUAGCCCACCCCUACACAAUUCUCUCCCCGCAUCUAGACUUAACAAUCUCCUCCCCCCAAGGCGGCGAAGCACCUCUCGACCCUGCUUCCGCCAGCCAACAAAUCCUAGAAACCGACCCCGUGGCGCGAGAGUUUCUAGAGCAGAAUCGAGGUCUUUGGACGAGGACUGUUCCGUUACGGGAGGUUGUGAGCCGGGUUACGGAAGGGAAGUUUAUGGGCGUGUUUUUUGUGGGUGGGCAUGGGCCGAUGUAUGAUUUACCGACACAUCCGUCUAAUCUUGCUAUAUUGCAAUCACUCGCCUCGACAUUCACUCCCUAUCCAAAAGUAAUCGCGGCGGUAUGCCACGGUCCCGCUGCAUUGCUUAACGCUACCACGCCCGCCGGCAUCCCAUUACUUUCCGGUAGCACGGUAACCGGGUUCUCGAAUGAAGAGGAGGAAAUAGUAGGUAUGCAUAAUGUGUUGCCGUUUGAGUUGCAGACGGAGCUUGAGCGGGUUACUGCUUCUGCUUCUGCUCCUGCUACUGCUCCUGGGGCAGGUAGAGGUGGAGGUAAGGGAGGGUAUUUGAAAGCUGAGAAGGCGUGGGGGGAGAAAGUGGUUGUGUCGAAGAGCGCGGAUACGGGGGCAGGCAUGGGAGGUGCGUUUGUGGUUACGGGACAGAAUCCGGCGAGUGCGGCGGGGGUUGCGAGAAGGGUUCUUGAGGUUUUGGGGUUGGGGUGA